AUGUUCGUCCUACCUCCUCCCCCGCGGUAUCCCACCCAGGCCGCAUACAAUGCCGCCGUCGGCUCGGGCCAUAUCCCGCCCAUGAUCGAGACCAACAAUAUUCUCUCGAACCCAGAGGACCACUUCCUGGUCGGAGAGGGUACCUACGUCCUCAAGGAAGACCUGCAUCUCGCGACCCCUCCACCACAUCCAUCCGAGGCACCCGUCAUAAACCCAAACCCACUCUCCACGAACCCACAGCCCGCCACCGCGGGUACGAGCGUGUCGCUGAUCAACGUCGACGCCCGGCACUCCCCCUUUCAGUACAGAGGGGGCAUCACAGCAGCCAACCUCGGGCAGUCGAGCAGCAUACAAGAGCACCCGCACGAGGACAACUCGAGGGAUCCGACCAUCAGCGGCAGUGAAGGGCGCGCAAAUUCCAGCGAUGCGCCCUUAUCGUUAGGCUCGGCCCCUGCGUUCGGGGAGGGGACUGCCUUGCUUGUUGCGCCGAAUUCCAAGGAUGCUAACAAGCGGAAGAAGCCCAAGAAUAACAUGACGAAAAGCAACUCUUCGUUCAUCAGCAGGGUUAUCGUUAAUGAGAACCUGAGCAAGAGGAUACAAGAGCGCCCGACGGACGGCGUAUGGGGCUUUGCCAAUAUCAACCGCGCAUUUCAAUGGCUGGAUAUGUCGGCUUCCAACAAGGCCGAGUAUCUCACCAAGGUCCUCUUCACCAAGGCGCAUUGUCUUUGUCAUGAUGUGAACCACAUCACGAAAAGUAUAAACCACGUGGACGUGAUCAUGGGCUUCUCUACUGGCGAGAUAAUUUGGUGGGAACCCACCUCACAACGAUAUGCGCGUUUGAAUAAGAAUGGCGUCAUAAAUGGAACCCCCGUCUCCCAGAUCAAAUGGAUACCAGGCUCAGAGACCCUUUUCUUGGCAUCACACAUGGACGGGUCUCUAGUGGUUUACGACAAGGAGAAGGAGGAUGCCAUUUUCACAUCAGAGCAGGAGAAUGGUGAGGUCGAGGCAACCAACGGCACGAAUGGAGUCCACAGCCCCAGGAACGAUAUCCAGGUUCAGAAGUCGGUCAACUCGAAGAACCAAAAGUUCAACCCUGUCGCAGCGUGGAAGCUCUCAAACCAGCGGAUCAAUGCCUUCUCCUUCUCACCAGAUAACCGGCGGCUGGCUGUGGUGUCGGAGGACGGCUCGCUGAGGAUCAUCGACUACCUCAAGGAAGAACUGGUCGAUCACUUCCACUCCUACUACGGCGGACUCAUCUCCGUCUGCUGGUCACCAGACGGAAAAUACGUCCUCACAGGGGGGCAGGACGACCUCAUUUCGAUCUGGCACGUCCCCGACGCCGUGCUCAUCGCUCGAUGCCAGGGCCAUCACUCCUGGGUGACCUCCGUAGCCUUCGACCCCUGGCGAUGCGACGACAAGAACUACCGUUUCGGCAGCGUGGGGGAGGACCGCCGGUUGUGUUUGUGGGACUUCAGCGUCGGCAUGCUGCACCGGCCCAGGGCUGGGACGGGCGCCGGCGCAGCAUCCGUCCGCCAGCGGGGCUCGAUUGCCUCCCGGCUGACUACGUCGCAGCUCACACGCGCCGAGACACAAGGGACAUCGGCGAGCAGGGUACGGUCUAACUCGGCGAUCUCAGCCGGAGUUGAUGGCGAAGACGGCUUCGUUGGACCGCACGCCGUCGAGCCCAGGGCGAACACCGCGAUCCUGCCGCCCGUGUUGACAAAGGUUGUGGACACGGAUCCGUUGUGCUGGUUGGAGUUCACAGAGGAGGCCAUUGUGACGAGCUGCAAGUCUGGACACAUUCGCACCUGGACUCGCCCAUCAGACUCGACGGCGCCCGUCGGUGAGACCUCGGCCAGUUGA